UGCGAGGGAGCGGCGCGGCCCCUAGGCGGGGCGGGCUGGAAGGCGGAGGCUGUGCAGCGCGAGCUGCAGCAGCUGGGAUCAGGGAUGGCUCCGUGGGGAUCGGCGGUGGCAGCCGAGGUCUCCCCGGCUCCCCCGAUGCGGGUCGCGGCGGUCGCCCAGGGGAACCACUCCGACCUCGGAAAUCAAGAUUUUCCUAAUGUUUUGGCAAGCCAUAGUUUAGAAAGUACUACAACGCACGCUGUCGGUGAUCACACAGGAAGUGGUAUGCAUCCAGAAUAUCUUGCUUAUGGGUUGGUUCCUGUCUUUUUCAUCAUGGGCCUUUUGGGGAUCCUCAUCUGUCACGUGCUUCAGAAAAAAGGGUAUCGGUGUACAACAGAGGCCGAGCAAGAAAUUGAAGAGGAAAAACUUCAAGAAAAGAUAGAAAUGAAUGAAAGUGUAAAUGACAAUAACGAUACUGUGGGGCGAAUCGUCAACAUCAUUAUGAAAAAUGAAGCAAAUGCUGAUAUGUUAAAGGCCAUGGUGGCAGAUAACAGUGUGUGUGAUCCUGAAAGCCCUGUGUCUCCUACCACUCCAGGCAGUCCUACAAGUCCAGGCUCUCCUUUGUCACCAGGUGAUACUCCAUCAAAACAUAACUGUCGUGGCCAUCACUUGCAUACAGUUGGGGGAGUAGUAGAGAAGGAUGUUUGUAGUCGCUGUAGUCACAAAAGAUGGCACCUUUUAAAGCCAACCAACAAAACUAAAGAACCUAAAAAAAGCCGACAAGGAGAAGUUACAGUACUUUCUGUGGGAAGAUUUAGAGUCACAAAAGUAGAGCACAAAUCUACAUCCAAAGAGCGGAAAAGCUUGAUGUCUGUUAAUGGUGUUGAAGGUGUCAAUGGAGAAGUGCCUGCCACACCUGUCAGACAAGGAGCAAGAGGGAGAACUAGCACAGAAUAACAGCACCAGAGCGCCAUGGAGAAGUGAUAUAAUUAAGGUGACCUAUUUACGCUAAGGCAACAAGGAGGAAGAGAAAACACACUGAGAAGAGGACAAGAAGAAAAGACACAGAGUAAGGAAUGUAAAUAAGCACUAAAACUCAAGCAACUCUUCUCUACUGGUUGACUUCCUAAAGUCUGUUCAAAAUAUUGAUCUGUAUUCUUACUCAUUGUACUAUGGAUAAAGCAGAUCUGAAUUCUGUGACAGGGCUCAUGGUUCAUUCCUGCGCCUAGUUUAGUCAUUCACAAUCAGGUUGUUAAACCCGGUAUAAUUGAAAGGUAUGCAUACAGGUUUUUUUUUUUUCCAGUUAAUUGUAAGGCAUCUGCUAUUUAUUUACAGUUCUGUUAAUCUAAAUACAUGGCAAUUACUUACAUUUGAGCAUGCAGAAAAAAGCCUGCACACAUACUGUUCACUAUAUUAAACUAAUAUCUUGUGCUAUCUUCUCCAGUCUGAGGACUCUCCUCCCAAAUUCUGGGUUGUCCAGACACUGGUGUGUGUUAGAGUAGCCUGUAAACUGCUUUAAUCUGUCUGUUGCCAGUGACCCUCUGGGCCCUUACAGUAGCCAGGAUUUUGCCAAAUAAAGGAAUAUUCCUGGUCCUUGCAGCACUUUUUUCCUCACCAGAGCCCCUCUAGCUGGAAUUAAGGGUGACCUAGGAGCUCCGUGAUCAAGAGAUCUUUCAGUGGCCAGUUAAGUUGGACUCAGGAUUGUUUUGUGCACCCAAAGUGGUGCAGAGCAGCUCCAAUAUAGUAGUGAAUCAGGCCACUUUUCAUGAGUGACAUUCCGUUGCAUUGUCAACAAUGUACUUAGAGUAACUUUUGUAAAGGAAAACCAACAGUCUGUCAGUUUUAUUGUGGGCUAAAUAGUUUUGUUUGUUGUGGAUGGAGUUUUUAGAAGUGUUUGAUAACGUUACUGAAACUGAAAACUUAGGAGAUGUACUAUUAUAGGAAAUGUAUUUAUGCCACUGUAGCUCUUUAUAGUUUCUGUGAAUGAAUCUAUGCCAGGGUUAGGUCCUAAAUACUUAAGAUUUGUAGCCAAUAAAACAUUUCCAGUCACUGACAUAGUGUUGGAUCCUGUGGUCAGCAGCCUAUUUGUUUACCUUCAUCUUACAAAGAAAAAUUCAUGUAACUCUUGGGGAAAGCAAAAGUUCUUCUACCAAAACUUCCUCACUGCUGUGUCCAAAUUAAAAUAUUUAAUAAGCUCAGCAAUGUAAACAAUGGAAAACAUAGGCAAGUUGUAUUAUAUGGGGACAGCUUUAUCCUUUAUUUCCAAAUAAGAAACUUAUGGCAUGGUGGCUGUCAUGGUUACAGGGAUAACUGCACUUUUGACCACUGUCUGGUCUGAGUGUUACCCCCUCAGGUCCUGAGCCUGAGGUGUUUACUUCCCCUGGGGUGGUGAUUCUCCCACAUUUAGAGUGGGUCAUGGGCUACAUUGGAUCAAGUAUGCUUAUGCCAGCAGGUCCAACUACAUUCAGCACCUGCUGGUCUUCCUUUGGGAGCUUGUUACCAGUGGCAAAUACAAUGACCAGACAGCCUUCUGAAAACAAAAGUAUUUUUUAAUCUUAACAGUUAGCAACAAAGUAAAACAUAAGAGAGAGAGAGAGGAUUUUUAAACAACAAAAGGCCUACAUGCUGUCUGUCUUAUCUAAGCCCUUCCACCCUGCCAGAGGAGCCUAGAAAGGCUUAGCUUUGUCAGACACCAUGUCAGGUGUCAGUCUGUUUCCCAUAAACAACUUCCCGAUAACCACCUGACUGUUGGCCAGAGAGUCCUUUUAGCCAGCCAGAAGUUGUCUUCUCACAUUCCUGUGCUUGGACUCUGCUGCUCAAAACCUAUUUGGUGGGCUCCAUUGAGGUCAAGCCCACUUCUUUAGUCAUUGUUUUGCCUUCCUGCUUGUUUUUUUUAACAGCCUGCUAUUAAACUAAACCAACAUCCAUACAGUAAACUUCCCUGACAACAAUCAAACAUAUAGCACACAAUACAGUAUUCAAAUAUUAUUAUAGAGCAGCCCCAUGUCCUUCAGAGUGUCUGUCUCUGAAAAUAGGUACCCUCCAUUCAUUAGUGCCAACUAUUAAGUCAUAAUGUCAGUGUCCUUUCUUAUCUUCAUAUUUGAAUGUGACUCACUGAUAGAAAAUCAAUGACUGUUAAGCAGUGCUAAUUGUUGUUUGUAUCUAUUUGCCAUGAUUACCACUUUGUCUUAGAAAUGAUCUGUUAAUUGGGAACAUUUGUGAUAUUUUGGCAGACUUUGCUGUUUAACAGAAACUGAAAAGUGACACUUUUUUGUUCUACUGUGUGCCUAACAAGAAUACACAUCAAUCUGUAGCUUUAAUGCAUGUCAACAGGGAUUGUACUAAAUCAUGAGAAAACUAUAAAGCAGUUCAGUCUGCUUCACAAACUUCUUGUAAAUAAUUGUCUUUGUAACUGAUUCAUGUUUUAAAUUAAUGCUGUGUUUUUGUAGCUGUGUUGGUCCCAGGAUAUUAAACACACAAUGUGGAUGAAGUGAUAUCUCUUACUGAACCAAUUCUGUUGAUGAGAGAGACAGAAGUUGGUCCAAUAAAAGAUAUUACCUUACCCACCUUGUCUUUUUAAAUGAAUACUGUCAAUCUUCUUUAGUCUGAGUAAGUGCUCUAAUUUUUUUCUUUAUCUCUGAAAGUGAGGUUUCUCCAUCAGCGCAUGCAAUGUUAAUUAUCAAUAUGUGUAACAGCAAAAGAACUUUCCCCUGGCUAUCAUCUCAAAUGCCCCAUAGGUUGCCACUUAAAGUUCAGGAAUGAGGCACAUUGGUGAGUUAUUGUAGCCUUAUUGCCAACCCCAAAUGUUCAAAAAUCAUGAGCUAGGCUCACCAAAAAUCAUGAGAUUAUGUAAAAAUAAUAGAUGGUUUUUUAUUUGCCUUCCGCUUUUUGAGCCUUCAGGGUGCAUUGGAGGUGACAUUUUGAAGCUUUCUCCACAGCCAUGGGGGCUAGAAACUUACUUUUCCUUUAAGAAUGAAGGCUGAAAUCAUCACAUAUCCCUUGAUUCCACGAGCUGGGGCUUUAAGGAGAACAAUUAUCAUGAGACUCAUGAGAGUUGGCAACACUGUAUAUAGGGAAGUUUACGCUGCUGACUGUGCUCUACUUGAUCCAUAGGUGGCAGAUGUAGCCCAGACAUCUCAGACCUACAAGAGAAACACAUUUUUUUUUGUCAAUUCUAAAUAAAAUUAAGUCUUUUAAAAAAUGUUUUAUUUAUAGUUUUCAAGAACUAAGUUCCAAAAGUAACUUUUAUCUGAGCUCGACUACUACUUGGGAUUAAAUCCAAAUAAUUAAUAGAUUUUUCAUUAUUAGUGUAAAUAAGAUUUCUUGCUUCACUCAGAUUUAACUCAGACUACCAAAAUAAUCUUAAAACUACUAAAAGAGACACUCAAAUUGAGAAAUCCCUGGCCUACUUUUUUCCCCCCUGAGGUAUGCAGAUUUCACUCUGUUUUCAUGAACAGCUCUACAGCAUACUAAAAUGUAUGCAGAAGGAAUUUAAAUAGUGCCAGUAUAUUAAUUUCAGGAUUUCAGGAUAUUGUGAGAAUAGGUAGUGUACAUAUGUGACAGUAUUUUUAAUAUUAAAAUUACUGGAUGAAAAUGUAGACUCUAGAGUGAAGGUUGUUUUGUACUUACACAGCCAAACUAAACAGUUCAUUGUUUUGAAUAUGAAGAUGCACAAUUGUAGAGUAUCCCAAAAACUUUAAAAAAUUGAGAUUUUGUUCUGAUGAGAGUACAUUUUAGUAAUUGUCGCUUAACACUGUGAGUAAAUAUGCUCAAAAGAGUGAAAAUGUUUAAUAUAUAUGCUAUUGUUUACUUAAUUUAACAAUAGUUGCUAUUUUGAUUCCAUUAGAAAUAUGCAAAAAUGUUAUUUCCAGUACAUUCAACAUGUAAAAUCUUAUUAGUUGAGAUUAUCUAGUAAUUAUUAAACAUGAAUUUCUACUUAUGUACAUAUGGUUAAUGUUUGUGGGAAGUAAAAUGUGUAUUGCCACUUCAGCAAAAGAAUUUGGUGAAUGUGUGAUUUAUUGUAUAUAACAAACACUACUAACAGCAUUUUUCAGUGGUACAAACAUUGUCAUCAUAAAAAAAAACAAAUAAGCCUAAACUUUUUGAAGUCAGUUUUUCUUAGUCUUGCACAUCAACUGUAUUUUUAACAAUAUGGUUUGUAUAAGAUUUUUGUACUACCAAAGUAGUAAAAAUAUAAAUAAUAAACUGAUUCUUAAACUUGUGUUCCUGUUUUAAAAAAGCUUAAUUCUUAAAAAUAUAUACAUGCUGUGCAUUUGUAGCUAUUGUGUUUGCACUAUAAUAAAAUUGUCAAGGUCUGUGGGGUGGCAAGGAAUUUAUGCCACACUUUCACUUUUGCAAGAGAUGCUUAACUUCCAGUGAAAGACCUCCUGUAGAUCCUUUUUUGAAAUAUAUUUAACGUAGGAAGACAGAUGACAUAGUGCUUUAAACCUAAGAUUUGAAGAAUCGGUGCCAAAUAUAUUAGGUGUGCACAAUUCUCAAUUUACUUUUCACGUGCAAUUUUUCUUGCCGUGUUUACAAAUGACAGGAAGCUAUUUGCAUUUGUUGCUUCUCAGCCUGGCCUGCAGUGAAGUUGCAAUGUUCUUUGUCACAUUGCAAUCUCCAUGACAGCAAGCUGUAAUAACUGUUAGGACAACUGUACAACUAUGAUGACUUCAUUGCAGGGUGGAUCAGGAGGAGGCCCAAAGCAAAUUAUUACUGGGGUUAACACAUGUUGGGUUAUCAGUAUGCCACCAGGAUAGGUAUGUCCUGCAACCUUUGCUAUUUUAUAUAAGGGUUUCUACCUGCAUCAUGAAAACAAGGCCUUUUUCAAGCUAUUGUGAAGGGUUUUUUUUAAUUGAGUAGUGCAGUCUAUGCUGCAGGAUGAGCCAUUUUCCUUUUGUCUCAAUCUUCUAAAUGUUGGAGCACCCUAGAAAGAGCUUAGCCCCAGAUGCACAACUGGUCUUUGUGUUGCAAUGCCCAACUUUUAGGUACCAAGAAAAUCAUUGAAAUCCACAAAGCCUGAGUUAGGUGCCACAAAAGCAAGCAUCCUAGACAGCCCCCUGCUUAAGUGAGCCGAUAGGACACAUCCCUUCCGUCAGUACUUCUAAGCCCCACCUCUCUCUGGAAUUUAGGCCCCCAAAUACAAGCUGUAGAUGCCUCCCUCUGCUUGGGAUUUACAGCAGGGAAACCCUCACCCAGAGAUAAGUGACUAAGCCAUUCUUUGCAAGAAAUGGCUGGAGGAGGUGAUGCUGCAAGUGCCUCCUUUAUAACUUUUAGCCUGGUGUUUAGAGCCUUCACUGAGGAUGUGGGAGACGCAGGUUCAGUUCCCUCCUCUGUCUGAAUGGGGGGGAGGAGAGAGGAUUUAAACAAGAUUUUCCCCACCCCCCUUUCAGGUAAGUGCCCUACCCACUGGGCUAUGGGAUAUUUUGAUGUGGGUCUCUCCCCAUCUCUCCUGUUGAAGAUGUUCCAUUCUGGAUAAAUAAUCAUUGGAGCAGGGGGACUGGACUCUGGGUAUGUCACCUCCCAAGUGGGAAUAAAUUGUGAUGCUGUCUAAACAGGUUUCCAGUUAUGUCAUGCAGACAGACUAGCUCAGAAUAGAGCAAUAAGGCAAUUCACUUGUGUAUGAAUAUCAAAGGAGGGUGGAGUAUCAAUAUUCAGGCCAAUUCAUUGGUUCUGAUAGAAAUCGAGAGAGACGUUGAUUAUAUUGUUUUCAUCUGUCUGUGGCCUAUACUUAAUUAGCCUUAGAUUUAAAUGUGUGUUAGCAUUUAAAUAAAAGUGAAUUUACUUGAUGUGUAAGCUGCAUGAAAACUAAUAAAGAAUUGUUUCUGGUUGUCA